ACAAAGUAAUAUUUCCUCAGUACAAAGCCAGGUGUGACCAGCUGCUUCUAACAAACAGCAGAUCCUGGCAGAUCCACGUUGUGUCCCACACUAACCAAUCACAGAGAGACUAAUGUCAUGGUUUGACAUUCUUGUAAACUACCCAAUCAGGAAUAAGGCUUUCCCCCAUCCUUCAUUAGCAUUGCUGACGCCGUCAGGCUACAAAAGGCGAGCUCCGAGGCUGCUUUCGCUUAUUCUGUGUCGGACAUUGUCUGUCGCAAUGGUAGAGGAAAAGAAAGGACAAGUAGCCAAGAAGGGUGCGAAGAAAGCGGUGAAGAGGGCGCCAGCGAAAGGCGGUAAGAAGAGAAGAAGGUCCAGGAAAGAAAGUUACUCCAUCUAUAUCUACAAAGUAAUGAAGCAGGUUCACCCCGACACCGGCAUUUCCUCCAAGGCCAUGAGCAUCAUGAACUCGUUCGUCAACGAUAUUUUCGAGCGCAUCGCGGGGGAAGCUUCCCGCCUGGCCCAUUACAACAAGCGCAGCACCAUCAGCUCCCGGGAGAUCCAGACCGCCGUGCGGCUGCUGCUGCCCGGGGAGCUGGCUAAGCACGCUGUGUCGGAGGGUACAAAGGCGGUGACCAAGUACACCAGCUCCAAGUGAGGCACCACAUUGUGCUGAAAAACACACAUCCAAAACCCAACGGCUCUUUUCAGAGCCACCCACAACUUCCCUAAAACAGCUGAACCAUUAUAUUACUAUCUACGAUAAUUGUGUUUUAUAAAUGUUCUGUAAAUUAGUGAGUGAUCGCAGAUUUUAUGCGCGGCUUAUUCUCGGAUGCGUUCAUAUACAUCUGUAAUCGCUGCCUGUAGACAGGGAUCAUGUUAAACACCAAUGAGUUAAUUUCAGCAAUUUCUGUGUGUUCGUGUUACCCUCUGUCACUCGAUCAGUUCAGAAGCUACAAGACCCGGUUGGGUAUGAACCCUAACUUACACUCUGCAAAAAAAAAAGUGCCCCCGUCUCCCGUCGGUAAGCAAAGAAAAAGCUUCUUCGAGUCACGUUUCAUUUUUUUUUCAUUUCAAAAUCUCCACGCGGUUUUUGCCAGGUUGCAGAAAGCUGUAAAUAAGGCUUUUUGCUGUGGGGAGAGACUUUCAAAAUGAACCGAGAUAAAAUCUGAACUGCUGCCGGACUUGCAUAGUAAAUGUGGAGCUUUUACUAACCUCAGAUCGAGUGCAAUACGGGAGGGCUGCUUUUAAAUAUUGUCUAAAGACGGUGUUCGCGAUUAAUGCGCUCACUCGGGGAAAAAAAACGUUAUCCACUGUUUUAUCGAUAUAUCGGUGUUUUUGAAAUGCGAAAUAAAUGAUCAGUUCCAGAGUGCA